AUGGCAUUUUUCAAAAGUCUUCAGCAGAAUCUACCCUCAGUGUCCUCCCUGGUGGACACAAUCAGUAACGCUGUAGAAGAUCUGAGCACUGUGGUUGGGGAAGUCAGCUAUGUGCUAACUGACUCAGUCGCUGGGCAGGUAGCAAGUAUGAUGCAUGGCUUUUGCCCAGAGGAGGAGAGCUGCAUGGCAGAAGAGGCUGCAGGGUCUUCUAAAGCCAGAAGUGCAGUACUGUGGGAUACUUCCAUAAAAACUGCUUGUCUGAAAACACAGUCUGAUAGAGAGCACAAAGCAAAGCAAAUGACCUAUUGUGACACUUCAGCUCCACAAAAGCAAGAACAGGAAAUGCAUAAACAGGGAUUUUAUAUUCAUGAUGGGCAGUGGGCACCCCCAGAAAACAAAGAAGCUAGAGGUGCUUCUGGUGGUUCUGCUUUGCAAGACCUCGUAAAUGAUGGUAUAUCAGCUGUCAAGCAGAAAAUAGGGGCCAUAUCCACUUGUCAUGAACUGGAGCGUCUUGAUAACUGUGAGACAGCUGGAGCAGGAGGCUCCAGGAAUGAUCAGAAUGGUUUAGAGGAGGUAAGUUCUCUAGGAGUGGAAGGGGAUCUGAACACCUGUGGACAAGAUGUUGCAUCUCAGCAGAAGUUCUCAGCUAAAGCCAGACUGCAGCACAUACCUGUGGGAGCAGAGCAAGAGACAUCAGGGAACUUCACUAAAAACAAACAUCUCACUGAUUUGGAGCAUUCUCAUCAUUUAACAAAAACUAAAAAAUGUAAUACACAUGAUGGAUUCAAAGAGAAUGAGUGUUCAGGAAACAAAUGUUCUCCAGAAGAUAACAGGAGAAACAACAGACACAGGGCACAGAAAUCCAUUGGGAAGGAAUACACAGGUUCAACUCCAUCAACAAAUUCUAAUAUUAAGUUUCCCGGGAAAAUCAAAGAAAAAAUAAAUCCAACAAAGUACUACAAAGUGAAAGGAGACAUAACAACAAAGAAAAAUGAAGCUAAUCCUGCUAAGAGAGGAACUGCAAAGAGUAGAGUUGGCAAAUACUCUAAGAUAUUACCAGAGAAAGAUAAUUCCUACAUGGACAGAGAUGAGCCUGGUUCAUCCUCUGAAAGUGAAGAUGAAGCUCUGGGUAAAUAUCAUGAGGCCUUAUCCAGAACACACACUUCCAGGUGGCCAUUGGUGGAUUCUAGACAAAAGAACUAUGCCUGGGAAACAAGGCAAAAAUACAGCCCUUUGUCUGCAGAGUAUGAUGGGUACAGCAGUGAAGCAUCCAUCGAGGAUGGAAACUGCAUUCAGAGAAUGAGAAGGACACCUCCAUUGGAUGAGCUCCAGCCACCACCUUACCAAGACGACAGUGGUUCUCCUCACCUCUCUUGCACACCCUCCGAAAUUGGGGAUGGGAAGUGUGAGAUUUCCCACUGCAGCAACAGCCCACGGUGUUCUUUCAACAAAUGCCCCAGUGAAGGAAGCACAGGGCACGAGGCAGAGAGCUUCCACAACAAAGGAUAUGAAGAUGACGUCCCUAGUGACAGCACUGCAGUCCUCAGCCCAGAAGACAUGUCAGCUCAAGGAUCCUCCUCACAGCUUCCUAAACCUUUUGAUCCAGAGCCAGAAGCUAAAUAUGGCACACUGGAUGUGACUUUUGACUAUGACUCACAAAGACAGAAGCUUCUGGUAACGGUGACAGCUGUCACAGACAUUCCAACAUAUAACAGGACAGGUGGCAACUCAUGGCAGGUACACCUUGUUCUUCUACCUAUAAAGAAACAGAGAGCCAAAACCAGCAUCCAGAGAGGACCAUGCCCCGUCUUCACAGAAACAUUCAGAUUUAACCACGUUGAAUCGGAGAUGAUCGGAAACUAUGCAGUUAGGUUUAGACUAUAUGGUGUCCAUCGUAUGAAGAAAGAAAAGAUUGUGGGGGAAAAGAUUUUUUAUUUAACAAAGUUGAAUCUUCAAGGGAAAAUGUCGUUACCGGUGAUACUGGAACCUUCUUACAAUCCUUCUGGCUGUGACUCCCAGGUGAGCUUGUCAGAGGUGUCCUGUGGGGAAAGCACAUCCUCCUGUCAGUCUCUUGAACACGGCUCCGUUCCAGAGAUCCUCAUUGGGCUCCUGUACAAUGCCACCACUGGAAGACUGUCAGCAGAAGUGAUCAAAGGCAGCCACUUCAAAAACCUGGCGGCAAACAGACCACCCAAUACAUAUGUUAAGUUAACACUGCUGAAUUCCAUGGGCCAAGAGAUGUCCAAAUGCAAGACAUCCACCCGCAGAGGGCAGCCAAAUCCAGUGUACAAGGAAACUUUUGUUUUCCAAGUGGCCUUGUUUCAACUUUCCGAUGUGACUCUGAUACUGUCAGUGUAUAACAAGCGCAGCAUGAAAAGAAAGGAGAUGAUAGGCUGGAUUUCCUUAGGUCUGAACAGCUCUGGGGAGGAGGAACUCAGACACUGGACUGCAAUGAAGGAGUCCAAAGGACAGCAAGUGUGCAGGUGGCAUGCCCUGCUGGAGUCCUGAGGAAGGCUGCUGUGAGCCCAGCACUGCCGUUCUUUCCUGGUCGUCGUCAGAGUGGCUAUUCCCUGGAGAGUCCUCGUCAACACCCUGCCACAGUGCUUCACAUUUACAGAAGGACCAUCCAGUGCUGAGCUGAGGGAAAGGAGGCUUUCUUUGUCUCUGGUAGAGCUCUCAUGAGAAACCAAGAAACUUGAGUCAGGAGUGUUCAGCAGUCCUCCAGAAAUUGAAUAAAAUGCUUUUGAUUUGAAGCUUAUUUUAUUUAGUGAAAGAACUAGGAAUUUCAUGGAGAUGGUGAUUUUAAAACCAGAAUUUGCAUUGCAGUACUACAUAUCAUCGCCCACAUGUUAUCCAUAAAGCAUUAUGAGGGCCAGUCCUUGGGUAAAUCUCUGCGAUCACAGUCUUUAUCUCAAGGUUCAUUUACACUGAUGAUAGUGUCAUUUCAGAUAUACUCUCUCUGUGCCUCAGCCUUUCUUUACAGUACUAAACCCAAGUGCAAAAUUCCCUGCAGGAACGUUUAAAGUUGGUUUCUUUGGAGUUAAUUUCUUUAUUUCUUUUUCUGAUCCAAAGAGACCAUGUCCCGUUGGUCCCUUGCAAACUUUUCUGACAGUACUGCAGAAACUU